UGCUCUCUGUACGGCGGGUCAGGUCCAGGAGGCGGCAUUUCCCUCCCAGUAGCCUCCUGGGUUCUACCAUGGAGGACCACACCCUGACUGGAGAUUACAGCAAGACACUACUGUUACCAGUAGAGAGAGUGGAACACCAGGAUCUUCACUGCAUCUCAGCCCAAACAGUGGCGUCUCUGCUAAGAGGACAGUACAGCGGUACAGUGGGAGACUUCCUCAUCAUAGACUGUCGCUACCCUUAUGAGUACCACGGUGGACACAUCAGGGGGGCAGACAACCUCCACACCGAGGCUCAGAUCCAGGGGGCUUUACUCCAGCUCCCUGCCCUCUACCAGCUGUCCUCCUGGGGCAGAGCUCCCACCAGCCCCCCUGGACAGGCUCCAGAUCCAGGUGUCAGUGGUACUUCCAUGGGUGGAGUGUUACAGAGGUCCAGCUCACAGUCACAUUCACCUGGAAGUGGUACCACUCCACCAGGACAGGGGUCACCCAUGGAGGGGUCGUCGCCACGGAAACUGAUUGUGUUCCACUGCGAGUUCUCGUCAGAGAGGGGCCCACGGCUAUGUCAUUACCUGAGAGAGCUGGACAGAGCGCUCCAUGCCUCCCUCUACCCUCUGCUCUUCUACCCUGAGCUCUACCUGCUGGAAGGGGGCUACAGACACUUCUACUCCUGCUACCCGGAGCUGUGUGAGCCGCGCGGCUAUGUUCCCAUGCUCCACAGGGAGUACAGAGAGCAGCUGGGACGAUUCAGACGGAAGACCAAGGCACGACUCCACAAGAGACUGCCGCUCUACAAGACUCACUGAUUGGACACUUGCUUU